AUGGAUGAUAAUGAGAACACUGCGAAUAAUACGGGAAAAGAGACACAGGAAAUACUAGAAGAGCUGGAAAGAGCCUGGGAGGUAGACUUCCAGGCAAACGAAGCAGGAAAGCCUGCCUUAGAGAAGCUAAACACUGUAGACUCUGUCUAUGGCAAACUGCUAAAAAGAAAAAAUCAGCAGGAGCUUCUCGAUUCAGGAGUGCUAUCUUCUCUGAAGAAGUGGCUGGAGCCUCUCCCCGAUAAAUCCCUCCCGCACGAAGACGUAAAAAAAAGCGUUUUUGAAAUACUGCUGCAUCUGACACCAGAGGUAGAGCAUCUGCAGGAAAGCGGGAUAGGGAAAAUAGUUCUCUUCUACUCAAAGAACCCAUACGAGAAGAAGCCAAUAAAGAGACUGGCGCGGCAGCUAAUCCUCAAAUGGAUCGAAAUUGCAACAGAAGAAGAGUCUGGAGUGCACUAA